ACUGUCAUUAUGUCUCAUACAACUCAUCCUCGUGAUAGAUGUACAUACUAACCCAAAUAAUAAUUUAGACCAAAUGACUUAGAUGAAUAUGACACUCGCUCUAAAAAUAGUCUUUCUCAUGAUGUUUCCUUAUUUUUACUAGAUCAUAGAACGAAGAUGACCCUCUACGAACUGGAAAACAUAAUUCGUUGAACAGCACAUUCUAAGUUAGAACGUGGUGAUGAACAUCGGACCGAUCCUUGCGCAUUUGGUAUCGGGUUCUUCCACUUACCGUGCAAGAAGGUUGCACCUGUUGGCAUCCAUUUUCAGUCAAAUUCUUCGUCUGCGGCAGUUUCUUCCAUCUGCACCUGAAGGUACGGCUCCACUGGGUGCCAAUACCAGAAAGAUCACAAAUAGUAGUUGUAGUGGAAAUUGUUCUGCUUCUGGUUGUGGCAACAAUGGAGGCGCAGCACAUGAGGACGAGGUACAGCAUCAUCAGCGAGAGAAUUCCUUUUUCGCACAGGCUUCGGAGGCCACGAGCAAGACAAUGGCCGCGACAAUGUCGAAUCCCAAUUAUCUGCAUGUUCGCGAACUCGUCUUUGCGCUGCGUCAGCGAGUGAGAAUCCGCUGUUGCAGCGAACCUGGGGAACAGUGCAAUCCGUGUGAGGAGGGAAAGAAACACGAGGACCAUGCCUCCUACAUGAGCCGAGACCUCUCUGUCGCGGAGCUGGUGUUGCGGCUUACGCUGCAGUUGCUCCGCGAGAAGGAACUGGAGUCGUUGCAGGUCGAUUUUCUGGCCGUGUCCAACCACAUCGGAGCCAUCGUGCUGCACGAACACUGUCGUCCGCAAAAAAUGGUCCCGCGAUGUCCAUG